AUGAGUUUUGCAUAUCUGUCCCCUGAGGAGCUUGCAGAGCAGCAUCGACGUGGGACAGAGAGAAGCAAUAUCAGGGCACUCCAAGACACAGAGGAAAGGCGUCGGCGACAAGCGAUGUGGCGUCGCAUUGACUCCCAGGUGCGCAGAGACGACGUAGCAAUUACUGCGUGUAUGAGCCAGCUUCGGGGACUAAAGCUACAGGCGGCGCACUAUCUCGAUGUUCUAAACAGCACGACGACGGCGAUUGCAGAUCUUGAGGCCAAGAUACAUUUGCUGAGCCUGAGCUCUGAGGACAUCAAGACACAGCUAUGCAGAGGCUCAUCGUGCUCUUCAAUGAAACGCCCUUGUAGUUCUUCUCUCAUUGCAGACCGUGACAGGCUGUAUGGUGAUAUGACGAAUGAUUGGAAGGUGCGUGAAUCUGACGGCUUUCUUCCUCACAGCUCUUCACCUCGGCCCAAGCAUUCUCUUUUCUGGAAGGAGGUCCACUCAUCUGGGCAGCCGGCUCAAAUGGCCUGCGAAGAUUCAUUCUACGAUUCACCCUCUGAGGAAUGCGAGGCACAAACGUGUGCACUCGCUGGAAAUAUAGCCCACGAGUCGGCGGCGAGCAUCCGUUCAUCCCGUCACAGGCGUCUCCGCACAUCAGCCACCAGACCGCAUGCAAAUGGCAGGUUUUCUGACCCCGUUGCGUUUGACGAGCUCGACUAUUUCAGGAGAAAAGUUUCUGCAUUGCCACCUAUGGAUGAUCUAGUCUCCUUACGUGCAGGCCAUCCAGAAGAACAGAACACAGUAAGUGGAACGUCUCUGUAUUCUGGAGAGCCACGUCUCAAUGAGCCCCCGUGCAGCAGACCCUCGUCAGAAGACCCUCGCCAGCUCAGGAAGAACCUUUUCACCGUGAUCGAUAAGUAUCGCAAUGGGUGUACAUACUCGCUGAUCUCCCUCUUUCCGCCGCUCGACAAGCUCUACCAGCUCUUCGCCGACGCGCAGCCGGCUCUUUCGGCUAUCAAGGCCUCCAUUAUGAUAGGUGUGACCCUUUUUAAGAUAGCAGAGUUUGUUCGCGAGCUCCUCAGCAGCGACGCCUUCUAUAAGUUUGUGCUUGCUCUGGACCCGGCGGACCUUCCUCGCCUACCUGCCUCCUUGGCAGAGGCUCGGACCAUUCUUAGAGAUGACGGCGCAUCAUCGCACGGUGAUAGCGGUAUUUACAAUACAGUCAACUUACUGGUGUCUCUACGCAUGUACGUCAGGGCCCACUGGUUUGACUCCGUUCAGUCCAGCUACGGCAACUUCCUGCACCGCUACUACCUCAAGUUCUUGCAGAUCAACAGCAUGUCCAGGAUCACUGUCCCGCUGUGGCCUCAGUACAAGCGCGUCCGCCUAUUCAAUGCAGAGAGGCACCUUUUGCGAGACGGCGAGCUGGACUUUUCGUUCCUCUAUGCAAUCCUCUCCACAUUUGCCAUCCUCCACGAGUUGCACAUUCUGCCCGUUCAGAGGGCCACCUACGGACAUCACGAGCUCAAGAUGUGUGAGCACGCAAUGGAGCACGGCACGAUGGUGCAGCCGUCGAGUGGAGCAGCCAGGUACACGUGCAUCUGGCCUGCGUGGGUGGACAAAUACAAUAACACGUAUAUAGGAUCUCGAUUUCGUAGGCACAGAUCAGCGCAGUCCUCAUAG